ACCGCCAGGCGUUUACAAGGAAACCGAUAAGGGAAAAAAAGCACGUAAAAUUUUGUGAACCAUGGGUCGUUUGAAAGGCAUUUCCCCACUUUUGUCUCCCGAUUUAUUGCACACCCUCUGCUCGAUGGGACACGGUGAUGAAUUAGUUUUGGCGGAUGCCAAUUUCCCGACGGCUUCCAUGUGUAACGAAGGAGCCAAACAAAUCAGAGCCGACGGACAUUCGAUUCCUGCCUUGUUGGAAGCUAUCCUCGCGUUAAUGCCGUUAGAUACUUAUUGUUGGUCGCCGGCCAGCGUGAUGGAUAUGACCGAUACGGACCGGUGCAAAGGCCUACCGGAACCGCCUCUGUGGCCGGAAUACAAGCGGCUAAUGAAGGAAGCCGAAAAACGCGACAUUCCACUGCAAACGAUGGAACGGUUCGAUUUCUACGGUCGGGCACGCAAAGCUUUUGCCAUCGUUCAAACGGGGGAGACGGCCCUCUACGGCAACAUCAUUCUGAAAAUGGGCGUCAUCGCCGAACCUACUACGGUGCAAACGGUGCCACCACGAGCAGCCACAACCGAGAACAGUUGAGGAGAAAUGCUUCAACUUUCUUUCCAAUUCGAUAACAUUCCCAAUACAAACCUGUCUCUCCUUAUAUGGAGAUUGAAUAAAAUCAAA